UACAAGCAUAGAUAUUAGUAUCCGUUGUGCUAUACAAAAAUGUUUUCUAAAAUAAUAACGAUUACCAUUAUCGUUAUAGUUAGUACGAGAAUCGAUCAAAUGCUUUCGCGAAAAGUCUCAAUAGAAACUCAAUAUCUGAUCCGUUGUUCUAACCCCGAUUUGAAGCCCGUUCACGAUAUUUUGACCAGGAUGGAUUUAACUAGAGUGAACCGGACGACGAUGGUUUUAAGUUACGACAUCGACGUAAGAGAUAAUGAUAAACUCGAAAUGACUAUUUUGUUGCAAAAAUUUUCUAACGGGGUUUGGUUGAAACAGCCGUUCAUACCGUAUAUUCCGGAACCGUGUAAAUUGUGGUUGAGGUUAUUUUCGGGUACGAUGAACGAUGUUAUUGGAAAAAAUGGAACGUGUCCAUUACCACCUGGACACUAUUCCACUGAAAGAAUCCUACACAAACGAGAAGAAUUCGAAACCGGUAUACCGAUAUCAGGAAGGUUGAAAUUCGAAUUAGUUGUACGAAAAAUAGUAACAAAAGAAAUAAUAUUUUGUGUCGAAGGUGUCGUCAUUUUAACGUAAUUAAAUAAAAACAGGUUAACCUACCAGGAAACGGCAAUCGAUUAUUAUUAUUAUUCCAAUCAAUAUUCAAUUAUCA